AUGGCAAUCCCCGCUUCUGAAGCGCCAUGGGUGCCCAUCGCCCGUCGCAAGCAACUCGAGCGCGAUUCCUGCAUUCCAUCGCAUUGGCGCAUACCUUCUUCGUACUUGCCCAAAGACCCUCCGCUUUUCGAAGAUGGUCCUCAAAACGUACUAGGUGUCCCUCGGAGAGUUUUGUCCGCAGAAGAGACCGACAUCACUGAGAACUACACCGUUUCCACGCUCCUUGAGGCGAUCUCGAACCAAAAGAUCUCCGCUGAAAGGGUGAUAGGCGCCUUUUGCCAUCGAGCAGCGGUGGCCCACCAAUUGACAAACUGCUUGACUGAGCCUUUGUUCAAGCAAGCUGCCGAACGAGCGAAGUUCCUGGAUUCGUAUCUGAAAGAGCACGGAGCCACCUUCGGGCCCUUGCAUGGCUUGCCGGUCAGCGUCAAGGAUACAUUCGAUGUACAAGGCGUCGAUAGUUCCACUGGCUUGGCAGCCUACUGCUACAAACCGGCGAUCAAGAAUGCCCCUCUAGUAGACCUCCUCUUGUCUUUGGGGGCAGUCAUUGUGGCUAAGACCAAUGUACCGCAAACGCUCUCGAGUCUUGACAGCAUAAACAAUGUCUUCGGCAGGACAAUGAAUCCAAUCAACCGACUGUGUACUGCCGGCGGAAGCUCAGGAGGGGAGGGUGUCAUGAUAGCGAUGAAGAGCUCUCUCAUUGGGGUUGGCACUGAUCUUGGCGGGAGCGUGAGGAUUCCGGCUAUGACGAAUGGCGUCUAUGGUUUCAAACCGAGCAACUCCAGAUUGCCAUAUGGUGGACAGGCAGUUUUGGUGCCUGACGGCAUGACAAGAUCAAGCGUGCAACCCGUGGCGGGUCUACUCGCGCAGAGGGCCGAUGACAUUAGCUAUGUCAUGAAUGAGUUGGUGCCUCGGGCCUCUCUGUGGGGGGAAGACUGCGUGUUUGGUCAGUGGUCAGAUAUCCAAGGACGCCUCCAGGGGGCCGGGCCGAAUGGAGAAAUUGUCAUUGGUGUGCUGAGAUGUGAUGGGAACUGUACCCUACUGCCGCCUAUUCAGAAAAUUCUCUCUGAAGUGGCGGCAAUCCUGGGCCAGCACCCGGAUAUCAAGGUAGUGGAAGUCUCGACUCCACCGGCGUGGACAGAAGCUCAGAGCCUCAUGAAUAGGCUGAUUGGGAUCGACGGAGCAGUCCUGAUGGGGGAGCUUUUGAAAUCUGCACAAGAGCCCCUGGUUCCAUGGAUGCAGUCGAGAUUCAAAAUCAGCGAGGUUGGCCAGCUUACAGAACUGGCUCAGCUCCAGGCUCGACGCGCAGAACUCGAGUACGAGAUGCUCCAGAUCUGGUCAGAGGUGGACAACUACGGCAGGAGGGCGAGGAGACUGGAUGCUGUCAUUUGCCCAGUGGCACCUCACCCUGUGCCCGAGAUUGACAGAUACCACGCUCUUGGAUACACAAGCUCAUUCGUCAUGUUCGAUUAUCCUGCAGGUACCAUCCCCAUUAGAGACGUUGUUGAGCAAGAUCUGGAGCUAGGUCAGCCACUUGCAGGGAGGUCAUUGAGCAUCUGGGACGAUGGGAGCCGAGAACUAUGGGACGAGAAAUCGGUCAACAGAAAGGUAUACCUGGGUACGCCGCUCAGUGUACAAGUCGUCGUACCGCGGCUCGAGGAUGAGAAACUGGUAAGAAUCAUGGAGUUGAUUGACAAGGUGGUGAAAGCCCACUUUGCCAACCACAAAUUCGUGUCAUGA